UUACUUAUUGCAUAAUUAUUUGCAUAAGGUAUCCACAAUUACAUAAACGUGUACAUUUCUUAUUCUUCGUGUGGAUAAAUAUAAUUUUCUAAUUUGUGGUAGUAAGCAGGUUUCCCACCAUAGAAUUGUAUAGUACAAGAUCAAUAAAUUAGAAUGGUUUCGUCACAGCACAAGAUCGAAUAGAUUGUGAAACUUUUUGAUCUUGUAGCUGUUUCUUCGUUUAGCGUGAUAUCAUAGUGUAACGCGUUCAGUGUGCAUAACAUCCGUAUUGAAAACAUGAUAACGGAACAAAAUUUUUAAGAAAUAAAUGAUCUCGUUAAUAGUGUAUCUUUGCGAGUAGAAGUAUUAGACGCAUGAACGAUUUUAACACUUCAAUAAUAUUCCUUGUCAACAGUGAGUCUCUUGAUUUUCAUAAUUUCGAAAAUGGUGUGCCACAUUCAACGCGUUAGUAAGUAAUUACAAGUUGAACAAUAUAUAGUGACAAUCAUCAGGUGAAACAAUUAUAAAUAAGAACAUGAGUUCUGUUUGGAAAAGACUACAACGGGUAAACAAGAGAGCUGCGAAAUUUCAAUUCACUGUGUCAUAUCAUGAAGUUACUUUAGAAACAACAACAAAAUGGAAACCGAACAAGUUAAGCGUUGUCUGGACAAGACGUAGUAGAAGAGUUAGUUCGGAACCAUUAGAUUGGGAACCGAAUUUGAGUGACCCGUUAAAAGGGGUCAUUAGUUGGGCAGUUCCUGACAAUCACACAGUUUCUGUAACUCUAUUUAAAGAUCCAAGAACCCAUGAAUUAGAGGAUAAAGAUUGGACAUUUGUGAUUGAAGAUGUUUCUCCUACUGGUAAAAGAAGGCAUGUGGCUGCAACAAAUAUUAAUAUGAAAAAAUAUGCAACUUUAGAAUCUAGUCAGCAACAACUUAAAUUAGAUCUAAAACCUACUUCGAAGAAAAUUGUUAGCGCUACAUUAGAAUGUACUUUAUCAUGUGUUUUCUUGCGAGAAGGCAAAGCAACGGAUGAGGAUAUGCAAAGUAUGGCUAGUUUAAUGUCAGUUAACAAUAACAGUGAUAUUGCACCUUUAGAUGAUUUUGAUAAUGAAGAUAUACCUGAAGAUGUUGAAGAAGUCUGUGUAAAAAAUCUCGAUGAAAUUUUAGAUAUAUCUGCUCAACUUGAUCUAAUGACAAGUAGUCUUACUGAAAGUGAAUUACCUAGUACUCCAAUAAGUGUGGCAAGUUUAUCAAAGGAUGAUACUACGCCUGUAAAUGAUAGUGAUCACUUCAUACGUGAUAUUAGUCUAACAGGUAUUGGUGAUUCCUUCAAAGGAAAAUCUCCUUUAAAAGAUAAUGUUGCAGUUGAAAACAAUAGAAACAUUGAACAUAGUACCUUAUCGAGAUUACCUUUGCAACCAUUAGAGCUUACAAAGAACGAUGGUAAUAUUCCUAAAUUAAAAGAAAUUACACCAGGACAGGAUCUAUUAGAGUGGUGUAAAGAGGUAACAAAAGACUAUCCUGGUGUGAAAGUUACUAAUCUUACAACAUCUUGGAGAAAUGGAAUGGCAUUUUGUGCAAUCAUACAUCAUUUCAGACCAGAUCUUAUAGAUAUAGAUUCAUUGUUGCCACAUGAUGUCAAGGGUAACUGUAAAAAAGCAUUUGAUGCUGGACAAGCUCUUGGUAUACCCAGAGUAAUAGAACCAUCAGAUAUGGAUAUACUAACUGUACCUGAUAAAUUAGCUGUGAUGACAUAUUUAUAUCAGUUGAGAGCACAUUUCACUGGUCAUGAAUUAGAGGUACAUCAGAUAGGUAAAACUGCAGAUGAAUCUUCAUAUAUGAUUGGUAGAUUUAAUACAGACAAUAAUUCAGAUGUGAGUGUGCAAUUAUUUGGUCAAGAAAUAAUUAAUUUACGAAAGAAAGAUCAACUGGAUCAUAAAAAUAAUAAAGCAGACACUAAUAGACGAUCAAAUCCGUUUGAUAGUAAGAAAGAGGAUGUUAAUAUUGAUUCUCUGAAGAAUCAAUUACAUUUAAGUUUGAAUAUAGAAAAUCAAGAUCAUGAUCAAUGCAACAAAGAUAAAUCUCCGUCAAGCGUUAAAGAAGUUAAGGAUAUCAUACUAGCCAGUUCAAAAAGUAUUCUAGAAAAGGUGUUGUCACCAACUAAAGAAAAAAGUUUAUCCAGAGAAAAAAGUAAAUCACCGCCAAGAAUAUUGCAAGUUCCGCAACGCCCUAUAUUAAUGACUCGUAGACAAUUAACAGAUCCUUUCGGAUCAGAUGAAGAAGAGGAAAACAUUCAAAUAAUUGACGAAAAAUGGCCUCAAUCAGUCACAAUGAACAAAACAGAAACACCAGUCCGUGAUGAGUCAAUCAUUGCAAAUGAAAGGGGAAGUCAUAUUGAAUGUCAGAGUAUAUCGUCACCCCAAGCAGAACAGCGUUCUCAACAUCCAUUAGUCAGUCGGCAUGAUGAAUUAAGAGAACGUGCCAAGCAACUAUUAGAACAGGCUAGGAAUACAAAGUCUGCUGGCUAUGUAUCUUCUGCUGCUAGUCCUAUCGAGGGUCAAAAUGAUGACGAAAGACAACAACAAUUACGUGAAAGAGCAAGGCGUUUAAUUGCUGAAGUAAAAAUGGGGGUUAACAUUACUUCGAAUCAAGUUAACGAUGACAAUAGUAGCGACAGACGAUCAAUGGAUGAUCAGAAUAAUAGUCCAAGACGAAGCAUCACACCUUCUACUCCUGGUGAUAAAUUUAAUACAAAGUCUGAAUACAACGGAAAUAUAUUAGGAACUUCAAGCGUCAUAGAUGGUGAGAAGAAGAUUACUUCUCCCCUAUACUCAUUCUCUAAAAUAAUAGAAAGAAUUUCACCAGAUAAAACUAGUCCUGAUGGUACUUCAUAUACACUUAGAGGGUUGGGGAAGGAUAUGACAUCAUACAUUCAAAAUGAAUUAGAAGCAUUAGAGAGAGAACAAACUCAAAUAGAUAUUCAAGCUGGAAAACUUGAAAAACAACUCAGAGAUGCUAUGGAAAGUGAUAAUGAAGAUGAAACUGAAAGACUAAUGUCUCUAUGGUUCACUCUUGUUAACAAAAAGAAUGCACUUUUAAGACGGCAAAUGCAACUAAAUAUAUUAGAAAAAGAAGAUGAUUUAGAACGACGGUUUGAGUUAUUAAAUCGUGAAUUGAGGAGUAUAUUAGCCGUAGAAGAUUGGAGAAAAACUCCUGAACAAAAAAUGCGGGAAAAUUUACUUUUAGAAGAACUAGUUUCUAUCGUAAACAAGAGAGACGAGUUAGUUCAUCAUCUUGAUACGCAAGAAAGAGCUAUUGAGGAUGAUGACGAAAUAGAACGUGACCUAUCUAGAGCUGGUUUAGCUCAACGAAACAAAAAUUGUGUGAUACAAUGAAAACUUAAUUCUGUUCACGUUAUUAGAACAAUAAGUGACAGGUACGAUUCAUUUUGCUGUGGGGUUGCCAAAGAGGACAUAAAAUUUUUCUUUGAGAUACAGUUGACAAUUUUACAAUCGAUGAAACAAUAAUAUUUAGGAACUUAUUUUGUACUUCAGGGUACAUGCAAAUUGUACAAUCAGCGUUCCAUCUUUAUACAUGCAUUGUUAAGUAUUGCAUUAAUACGAUGCCACUUUUUGCAGUGGAUCGAAGUUCAAAUUAAAACAUGUUCCGUCGAAAAAGAAAAUACAAAUUGAAUAAAAUUUGUUAUCAUGUUACUAUAGUUGUAAAGAAAUAUGUUAUUAUAGAACAAAAAUCAAUUUUGAUUAUAUUCCAAGAAUGACUGGAAUUUCUCAUAAAAAGGCAAUAGGAAAGAAGUAGUUACUGUGCAUAUGUUCUGAUUUAAAUAAGGUGCUGGAAUUUCCUGACAUAAAUCAGAAGGAAAUAUGAAAGGAAAGAAAUGUUGCGAUGUGUAGUAUAUCGCUUCCACAACUUAAUAUAAAUUACAUUGAUCAUUUUAACAUAAAUGAAAAGUUACUAAUUAUGAUAAAGUAAUCCAAACAUUAUAUUAAUAUUAAAAAAUUUAGCAAUGAAUUUUGAUUAAUUUUAUAAUUUAUGAUAUUCUUUUUAGAUCAUAUUUAUUUUAUCUGUGCCAUAUAUAGAUAGCUUAAUUUUUAUUUAUAGGUGUUACUAUGCGUUUAUAAAAUAUUUGCCAUUUUAAGAUGUAUGUAAUAUGCAGUUUUAUAUAAGAUAUACUAUUAAUUAUUUAUUACUAAAUUUGUUAUUAGUAAUGUAUGGAGGCCUAAUCAAUUUCAUACAUUCUUGAAUUUGUAAAUGAAAAUUAUUGCAUACUUGUUUUUAUAGAUUAAUAAAAUGUAGAAUCUUGAAUAUUUAAUGCAUUUUAAGUUAUUUUAUUUCUGGCAAAAAUUGUACAAAUAUCGUGAAUAUAAAUGAAUGAUAAAUAACAGUAACUUACUUAGAGGAAGCAACGUGAAAUAUUGCCAUAUGUAUGGCAAAUAUUCAUGUUUUAAAUUAUAUAACAUUUUCAAUUAUAUAAUAAUUUGUAUAAUUGUACACGCUUUGGAACACAAUAUAGCAUUUCAUUAAUGUAGCACGAAAUAAACUUAUGAAGUAUUUAAUUUUCAAAAGUAACUGGACAACGGAUUAUUUUAAUAUAUUUUUUUGUCAUUGAAACGUAAUCGUGCAAUGAUAUGCUAAUUCAAAAAUUAGUAUACGAUGUUUACAUUUGUUUGUCAAAAAUAAAAUGUUCCUUUUAUCUUUGUGCGUAUAAAAUUAAUGCAAUACUUAUUGUUAGUAAAUAUUAAGAAACGCUCUCUCGAAGGCAUUCAUUUCGUAAAAAUUAAAAUUUCAAUUGAUGUAAUGUAAUAGAAUUGGUGCUGGCAUAUCAUAUUGAAUGUAACUGCCAUAAUCAAUCGUUAAAUAAAUAUGAAAGGAAUACUUUUGCCAAGCAUGCAUGUAUUAAAUGGAAAGCUAUUGCUUUCUUACUUUGCAGAUUCGAUUUAAAUGUACUAUUGUGUUGUAUAACAUUUCUGUUAGCAUGUAAAGAUAACGGUAUCAAGAAUUAAAGAAACUUUUAAUCUUUCUUUAAAAUUCUGAAUGAAACAUAUUUCUUUCAUAUUUACACAGCAGACAUUACUGUAUAUAAUGACAUUAUUAAGCUAUUGAAAUCUAUUAAUGAGUAAUUAAAAUGUGGAAUGUUCUUAGAAAUCUCAUGUUGCAAUAUUAAAGUGUAACUAUAAUUGAAUAUUCUGAUGGAAAAUAUUCAAUUUUAUGACUAAUUUAGCAAUAAUUUAUCAUUUUAGUGCCUAUGACUAUUUAUAUCUGUAUGCGAGAGUGCAAAGUUAUGUAUAAGAUAACAGGUGAGGUAAUACAUGUGCAUAUUUCCAUAUUUGUAAUCAUACAGUGUAUCUCAUAACUAUUCAAAUAAUUGAUAUGACUCAAUAAAAGAAAUUCAUUGAUGCUUCAUGUAAUUUACUUAUUAACAACAUAUUUUAUUGUAUGUUUAUUCCAACGAUGAACAACGGAAAACGAUUCAAUCAUUAAGAUAUAAACAUUGAAGUACAAACGUUUUCUCAAUACUUGUAUAUUUUGUAAUGAAAAUACAAUAGAUGACCUUUAAUUGAAUCAAAUAUUUAAGUUGAGAUACUCUGUAUGUAUAUUUCUGUAUAAAACGGGCUUUACUUUUAUUCUCAUACAUUAUUGUGCUAACAUAUAUAACUUAUUUUAUUUAUAAUAAUUGUACAAGCAAUGAUUCUUGCCAAUAUUUAAUAUUAAGAAGAAUCGCGAUCUUCUUGAUUAGAAAGGUAAUAUAAAGUACUUCAUGUGAAAAAAGAACAAGCGUAUAAUGUGUCAAAAAGUAUCACGCAAUAGCUAUUGAUAAAUUAAAGCAAAUAAAGCACCAUACAAACAA